CAUAAAUCAUUUUCCUGACGUAAACACAAGAUUCAAUUUCAAACCCAAAUCAAAAUUAAUUUCUAGAAUGGAGAGAGAUCCCUCAAGCCACCGAUCCUCCUACUUCUCCGGCUGCUUAAUGUCGCCGCCGUGCUACCCUGUAAAAGAAGAAAGGCGGUACUUCCGCAUUAAUCAUUACAAAGGCGAUAACGACGACUACGUCGCUGCCGACAACAAGGGAGGCCGGUGGUGGCGGAAUCUACUGAGGUGGUUGGUGAGGGGUGGAAAGAGCCUUUGUCGAUCCAGACGUCUGUCUCUCAAUUACGACGCCGUUAGCUAUGCUCAGAAUUUCGACGACGGAUGUCAUCACGAAGAAUAUCUGCGCACUCCUCGCGAGUUUCGCGAUCCGUAAGAUAGAAGUUAAACGUACAAGUAAUGUUGUUUUUGUUGUUUAUUUGUUAUAGUAUCUGGAUUUUUCUGUAAGUUUCAGAUCUUGUUGGUUUUGAUUGCUCAAAAUUAAAAAUCCGCUGGAUUU